AUGGGUACUUCAAUAUCUAAAUUAAUGAAUCGACUGUUUGGAAACAAAGAGAUGCGUAUUCUUAUGCUCGGGUUAGAUGCAGCAGGGAAAACAACAAUUUUAUAUAAAUUAAAAUUAAAUCAAACUGUGACAACGAUUCCUACAGUAGGAUUCAAUGUGGAAACAGUGAUUUAUAAAAAUGUUAAAUUUAAUGUUUGGGAUGUCGGAGGGCAAGAUAAAAUUAGACCGCUUUGGAGACAUUACUAUACUGGUACUCAAGGCUUAAUUUUUGUUAUAGACUCUGCCGAUAGAGAUCGGAUUGAUGAAGCACGUAAAGAACUUCAUAGAAUUAUAUCCGACCGAGAAAUGAGGGAUUCUAUCUUGUUGGUAUUUGCGAAUAAACAAGAUUUAGAAACUGCAAUGUCUCCAGGUGAAGUAACAGAAAAACUUCAAUUAGAUAAAAUAUAUAAUUUAUGGUAUGUUUACCCAAGUUGUGCAACAACAGGUGAAGGUCUUUUUGAAGGACUUGCCUGGCUUAGCAGUAAUGCAAAAGCUACAUUAAAAAAAUAA